AGGGGAGCCGAUUGGGGACCGGCUAGUUACGCAGCGACCGUGGGUCUCCACCCGAGAUUAUGGCGGAUGGGGCUGCACUGGAGAGCGGGGGGGAAACGGAGUCAUGCCAGCGAUGGUGAAGAGGAAGCAAAGAAGCACAAGUUUCUUUAAUGCAAUGUCGACACGAUUUUAGUUGGUGCUGUUUUUGUGAGGCGGCCUUCGGCUUCAAAUACUGCGCCCGCAGUUCGCUCUAGGGGCAAAUCCAUCGGUUUCCCAAUGUCCUGAUGGAUCAAGAUUGUUUUUUUUUUCUGAUGCACAGAGAGGGUUGAGCUAAGCAGAUGAAAGCCCGCACGGUCCACAUCAUCGGACGAUAUGUUUUGUUAGUCCUGUGCACAUUUUGGACAGUUACAGUCAUCGGAUGCUCGUCUAGCUGUCCGUGUUUGGCCUGCACGGGGGAAUUUCUACAAUGAAAUCCAGCUUGGCGGACCGAGUCUUUGUGCUCUGCCAUAGUUGAGCAGCGGCGAGCAAGACUGUAUUAUUGACAGCCCGUUCAAAAUGGGACACGAAUGGUGAAUGUGAUUCGUGCGGGAACAUUUCUGAGUUCAUUUCAAUGACGCGCGGAGAUUGAUACCGUACGCCUUGAGUUAAUCCACGAUGCGCGAGUAUAAAGUGGUGGUCCUGGGCAGCGGUGGGGUCGGGAAAUCCGCCCUCACUGUGCAGUUUGUUACCGGGACGUUCAUUGAGAAGUACGACCCCACCAUAGAGGAUUUUUACCGCAAGGAGAUCGAGGUAGACUCCUCGCCGUCGGUGCUGGAGAUCCUUGACACCGCUGGUACCGAGCAGUUCGCCUCCAUGCGGGACCUUUACAUCAAAAACGGUCAAGGAUUCAUACUGGUCUACAGUCUUGUCAACCAGCAAAGCUUCCAGGACAUAAAGCCGAUGAGGGAUCAGAUCAUAAGAGUGAAAAGAUAUGAGAAAGUCCCUGUGAUCCUGGUGGGGAACAAGGUGGACCUGGAAAGCGAGCGGGAGGUAUCAUCCAGUGAAGGUCAGGCCCUGGCUGAGGAGUGGGGCUGUCCGUUCAUGGAGACCUCAGCAAAGAGCAAAACCAUGGUAGACGAACUGUUCGCUGAGAUCGUUCGGCAGAUGGACUACGCCGCCCAGCCAGACAAGGACGACCCCUGCUGCUCCUCUUGCAAUAUACAAUAGCCCCGGGGGUCUCCAGGAGCAGGCCAGGCAAGAAGUCUCCACUUCGACUUGCUGCAGAGAAUUAUACAGUUAGACCCACACAAAGGCCAAUGAAAGGGAAAAUAAAUUUGUGGUUGAACGCAAUAGAUUUUAACUCUAUGAAGCAUAAAAUCUGCAGUGACAUGAUUAUUAUUUAGCAACAUGUGAGUAAUGAAUACCUUUUAAAUGAAGAAUGCUAGGAAUUUGCCGCAAGAGAAAUUGACAGAAAGGAACAUGCCUUCACCUUAUGCCAUUCUCUUUUGUUGUUUGCUUUUAUCCUUUGAGUUGUGACAAAAAAAAUCAUCAACAAAAAAUCACAGAUUAGGAUCUUAUCUCCUUAGGUUGUUGAAAAUGUUUCGUUUGUUUCCCAGAAGCACACAAGAUGCUUUUUUUUUAACCACAACCCUGUUGCAGGUGGCUUCUGUGCACAAACCCAACAAUAACUUCUACAUUCUAGUUGUUGCAAACAUUGACAAGUAUUUGGUUUACAGUAUGUACAGGUUUUUCUCCCAGCUCAGUUUGUGUAGUGGUCGGUGGGAGGUUUUUCUACUCAUUACAGGGCUGAACCAAAGAGGUGACCUGAAAGCACCUCCAUUUUCUUUUUUUUUUUCAGUUGUUUAAAAAAAAAAGGAAUGGAGAGAAAAUUGCGGUUAAGUCAGUGUCUUUCUUGAAACAUUGGUGCAGUCAUCUCUUUCCUAUUUUCUCACUUUGAGAUAUAAUAGUCAACAUAGCAGAGUCUUUCACAUAUUGUGCGAUGUUUUGCUUUCCUCUUUAGGAAGACUGACAACAGAUUCCUGAGUAGUACUAUAACCAACUGGAGUUCAUCUCCUCAGUGUUUGAAUAGCUCUACAGAUAAACUCCUGUCAGGAAUCAGUGACAUUUAAAGUGAAGAUGCCAACAUUUGUCAUACUUUACUUUUUCUUUUCUUCUCUUCUGGUAUCAAGAUGAAAUGGGGUGCUCAAGAGUUUCAACAUCUCUUUAUGUGCUCAGAGUAUUCAAAUCCAUAGUAAUAAAUAACAAAAAAGGCAAUGAGAAUAAGAAUAAUAAAUGGUAGUGUAAAUAUUUUGUAUUGAAAGUGCCAGCUCCUAUGAAGACACUGAAUCAACACAUGGAAUUGUCAACUGUAUGCAUGGCUAGUAAACAACAAAGGACUCUUCUUGUUUGAGAUUAUUAUAGGCUGUGGAAAUGUGCAAACUAAACACACACACUUCUGGAUCUGGACACUGUCUCAACUGUACAUCUAUGUUGCCACGGGAAUCAAACUUUUCCUGUGUAACCAUUUUCAUUGUUGAUUUUAUAUUUUUUUAUGUGACCAUUUACUCUUUGUUCCCUCUCUGAGUGGUGACAGUUUCAUUUGACACCUAAACAAUAAAAGUGCGCUCAACACUUGACCAAGG